UGGUCUGAAGUCUGUCAGCGUGUCGCCGUCUCCCGAGUGAAUUGACUGGGAUCUGUGCGGCCCCGCGUGUUGGAAUUCCCCCCCCUCCGCCAGGCUUCCGGAGCUGGGUGAACAGAUUGGUCAAUAUUGAGGAGAUUGGGAUCAGCCCCAGACGGAAUUCUCUCGCCAUGGAUCCCAGAUUUCCUCCUGGUGUUUACGAUUCACUGGCGGCACGGGCUUGCCACUGGCUUUAAGAUGCUGGCCCCUGUGAUUUCAGUGUUUCCAAAUUUGACCUCCUGUAGGCUGUGACGUGUUUUGAAAUGUCCUGCAGUUAUGAGAGUGUAAGGAGGGCAGGGAUGUUUAGACCUCUGCCUGUUUCCUUUUCAGCUAUAAGACUGAAGCCGUACAAACCAACUUGGACUUCAUGGAUCCUUAACCUGAUCAGUCUUGAAGUGAAUACUUCCUCUGAGCAUGCAGGCAUUUGUAACUCUUUGUGUUAAAGCAAUGAAGUCAAAAAUCUACUUUAAAGUUCUUGUGCUUGCGUCCCUCCUGGUGUCUGCUUUUCUGGUGCUAAGUUUACAUGUGACCUGUAGGCUGACUGAGGACACUGGUGGAUCAGAUCUCCGCGCUCUACUGAAACAAGUGAAGAGCAAGGGUGAUGAAGACAAGGUGGUGGACCAGAGGUCUAGGAUCAACUUUGAGGCUCUGCACAGUCGGCAACAUGAACCACCUUCUUGCCGGAAGGGACAGGUCCUCUUGAUCCUGGUGACAUCUGCCCAGCCCAACAUUAACCGUAGGAACACUAUUCGCAACACAUGGGCGCUGGGCUGGGAGGACAGUGCCUUCCCUUGGCAAGUGGUCUUCUUGGUUGGCCAGGCUGCUGGAGAAGGGGCAACCAACCAAAUCCAAUCAGAGCAGGAAGUGUUCCAGGACCUGUUGGUGGGAAACUACCUGGACACUUACAGAAACUUAACACUAAAAGUCAUGCACGGGUUAAAGUGGGCAGUGAGCACUUGCCAGCCUUUGUACAUCCUCAAAACCGAUGACGACUGCUUCGUAAACACGGACAGGCUGCCUCACUUUCUAGUUCAGGACAAUCCGAUUCGGACUGGGCUUUAUGCCGGCUCCCUGUUUGCACCUGAGAAGCGGGAGGUCAUCCGAGAUCCUUGGAGCAAAUGGUAUGUGUCAUGGCAGGAGUAUGGGAAAGAGCGGUACCCUCCCUACGUGAGUGGGGUGGGCUACGUGCUCUCCCUGGAUGCAGCUGCUGCAAUCCUGAGGGUAGCAGCCUGGGUCCGCCCCAUUCCUGUCGAGGAUGCGUACAUCGGGAUCCUGGCAGAUGCGGCUGGUAUCCCUGCGCUGUCAAGCAGCCGCUUCACCAAGCACAACGUGAACUGGAGAGUGUGCAACUACAGGUACCUGAUGGUCAUUCAUCACCUCAGCACACAGGACCAACGCCUAGCCCACAGCAACAUGGUCCAGGCCCGCACAGCGUGUUCUGGUAAUCCCACUAUCACCAGAUGGAGCUGACACUUUUGCUCAGACACGAUCAAACCCUUUAGUCACCCCGGAUGAAACUACUUUGUACAGUGGGCAGAGUCCAGAACAAAGGGGCACAGUCCUUAGAAGCACAGACACAUUGAAAACUGGAGCAGGAGGAGGUCAUUUGGCACUUUGAGCCUGCCCUGCCAUUCAAUAUGAUCAUGGCUGAUCAACCAACUCAGUCUACUGUUCCUCCUUCCUUCACAUACCUUUAGCCCUAAGAACUAUAACUAACCCCUAUUCAAUAUUCAAUGAUUUUUCCCCCAACAACUUUCUGUGGCAGAGAUCCACAUGCUCACCACGGUCUGGGUGAAGAAAUUUCUCUUCAUCUCAGUCUUAAAUGGU